UCUGUUAGAGAAACAUACAGAAAGUAUACUUCUCUUCUCUCCACUUCUUGGGCCUAAAGAUUUAGCUCACACACUUACAUGUAUUGCAGUUUCCUCUGCAAUAUUAUCAGCUGAAGCAAGAAAUACCUCAGUUUGGUUCACUACUCAUCUCAGAACUAUAGAUAUAUAUUGGAUUAAGGAAUGAAACCUGCAAUUCCAUGCCUUUCUAACCAGUUGGAGGGUUAAAAAGGGAAUUGAAGAAGAAAGAAAUGUCUUCAGAGAUACAAACUUGUGUUAAACAUAAGCAGAUUGGGUGCAUAAAUGGGAUAUUCCAGCUGUUUGACCGGCGCCAUUUCUUCGCCGCCAGACAACGUGGCGGCCGUAUCAGCAAAAGAACAUUGAAGGGUGCCAACCGCAAAAGUAUAGAGCCCGGAAUUGCAGCAGAAACGGGAGUGCAAGGAAAGACGGUGCAAGUAGAGGCCAGAGAGGAAAGAAGGGAUUCCAGCAUACUUUCUUCUCCGUGUUCAUCCACUCCCUCCUCACUUGACCAAAUCAAAACCACAAAACCGGAUUUAUCAGUAAAAACUGGGGUCAAAGAUGAGGAAAGAAUCCGUGUAAUGAAGCACAUAACUUCCCCCAGGCAGCCAUUGCAGCAGUGGCAUGAUAUCCGAGAUGUAGUGAAGGACUCAAUGUACAGAGAAGCAUGUUCGUUGCCUUUACCUGCCAAAGAUGUGGCAAAAGAUGAGGGAAGGAGAGUAAAGGUAAUGAAGCACAUAGACUCUCCCAGGCCUUCUCUGAAUUCCAGCCCUGGGAAGCCAUUGUCAACGACGAUCCAUCCUAAAUUUUUUGAAGCUCCAUUUUGUUUGGCAAGGGAGGAAAAUAGAGAUCCUUGCCGAUUCUCUUACGAUGGAAGAGAAUUACGAGAGACCACAUUGAAGUCAACAAUAAGGCAUGGGGAGCAUCCGAGGCUAUCUUUAGACAGUAGGGUGAGGUGCAUAAGAUCUCAAACCAGAUCAGAUUUCCUCCUGCAGAAUCUCCGCGAGGGAAAUGAGGAAUUAGGAAGCCAUAGACGACCUUCGAGUGUAGUGGCAAAGCUUAUGGGUUUGGAUUUGGAAGGGUUCCCUGAAUCACCAAUUUCCAGUUCAGCUGACAGUUAUGUUCAACACAGACAGCGAAAUCAAGAAACCUUCUCUCGAAAGAACAAUUCUUCUUCCCCGUGUUCUAAACCUGCUAAGCCAAUCUCAAGUUCAAGGCUUCCACUAGAACUUGCUCCAUGGAGUAGAUCAGACUCCAGUAGUCCCCGCCAGAAAAGAUCACUAAAAAGUAAAGAAACCUCUGCAGAUCCUCAAAGGGUGUCUGUUUAUAGUGAAGUUGAGAAAAGGAUAACUGAAAUUGAGGUCGAUAAAUCAGGUAAAGAUAUGAGAGCACUCAAACACAUACUGAAGUCAAUGCAGAAAACGAGAGUGAAACUAGACAACCAAGCAAAGGAGCUGUCAGUGCAGCAACACAACCACCCAUCUCCAACUGAAGAAAGCUUUCCUCCUCCCAGGAAGUGCUUAUCUUCCAAACCAAAGCAAUCUGCCAUAGUAAAUAAUAAAGAGCAAAAAAACUUGACACCUAAGAAAAGUAACGCCAGUUACAGGCUUCCUUCAAUACAGAAGGUGAAUAAAGGACUAUCAACUGCAGUGCGAACACCGAAAGAGUUUGAGCACGUGAAUGGGAGACAAGAACCAGCAAGUUUGAGAUUUCCAAAGAGAAGGAUUAGCAUAGAAAAGCAAUCAGAACUGAGCAGGGUUAGAAGAAACCAAAACAAACAAUCCAAAGAGCCAGAAUCUCCAAAUAGAAGGCAAACCCCAAAUUUUUCCAAUCAGCGACAAGGUAAUAACCACCUCAGUGAGAUAAGCAGUGAAGCAGGAAACUAUAGUAAACAGGGUGACACAUCUUCAGUGCAAUCAGAAAGCAACAAUAGCUUGGCCUCAUUCACAGACACAGAAGUCACAAGCACAUAUCAUAAUACCAGAAUGAGGGCAAAAAAACAAGUCAUUCAUGAAGAGACGAAUGAAGAAUCCAGAUUGAGUAGAGACAGAACGAUGGCAGAAGUUGCAAUGCCAAUUAUCGAACAGCCUAGCCCUGUCUCUGUGCUUGAUGCUACAUUCUUCAUUGAAGAUUCUCCGCCCCCUGUGAAGAAGACGAAAUCAUUAGCUUUUGGAGACCAUGAUGUUACAAAUGCUUAUGGAGCAGAAUGGAAUGCAGAGGAGCUGGGGAACUUGCCAUUCAGCACCGGACAGAAUCUUGGCUCGGUACACAAUCAUAAGAAUGUAGAAAACAUUGACAGCCUGUUUCAUAAGUGCAUGCCACUUAAUUCUGUACCUUGUGAAGAUGACAUGAAUGAGAUAGCCCAAUUCUAUCAAAGUCAUACUUCUGACCAUCAAUACAUCACCAAAAUAUUGUUGGCAUCAGGUGUAUUCAAAGAUCUAGAGAGUGUCUCAACAACGGCUCAUCUUCAUCCAUCAAGCCAUCUAAUUAACCCCAUGUUGUUCCAUGUACUGGAACAAGCCGAAGAAAGAAGUUGGCCAACAUAUAAAGGACCCCCAAAAAUAUUUUUUAAGGUGCAAUUGGAGCAGAAAACUCGCAGGAAAAAUGUAUUUGAUACAGUGAAUGAGAUUCUACUCCGCAAAUUAGCUUUAGAACACACCGUAAUGCACGGGCAAAACUUGAGCGGAUAUAAGAUUCUGAAAGAGCUAUAUGCAGAGAUGGGCCAUCUCAGGCCUGAAUCGGACUGCUCCCAAUACACUCAGGAUGAUGAAUUGGAUAGAAUCACAAAGACAGAUUUGAAGCAUGAAUGGGAAGACUGGGUGGAACAUCAUGGCGAGCUUCCAUCAUUGGUAUUGGAUAUUGAGCGUCUAAUAUUUAAGGACUUGCUGACUGAGGUAAUUGGCAGAGGGAAUGCUUCGGUCCAUGAUAGACCACGAAGGCAUCCCAGACGACUAUUUAGCCCCUAAUGGUUUCACAUUCUGUGGUUUUCUCAUCUCAAAACAUCCUUGUAACCUUUUUUUCUUCAAAGUUAUGUAUGAGAUUAGGAAAUACUAAAUGUAUGAUAUCCUCAUAUGCCAACAUCAUAAAGUGUAAAAACUUCUUACCCCGUCCCACACUUUUUCCAUAUUUUCAUCUGGCAAUCUCCAAAAGGAUAUGUACAUUCGGAUGAAAGAUUUCAGGAAAAUAAACUAAGAGUAAUAGC